AUGAGAGUUCUGGUAUGGAACUGUCAAGAAGUGGGGAGCCCCUUGACAGUUCCCCAUCUGAGAGAGGUGAACAACCUCUUCCCUCCAAAUCUAAUUUUUUUAAGUGAGAUUAAAAACAGGAAACAAGCUAUAGAUAGAAUUGCUAGAGAGCUAAGAUUUGACAGUAAUGUGGCAGUAGAAGCUAUGAAUAAGGCAGGUGGUAUAGCCUUGUUUUGGACUAAGGAAACACAUAUCUUAGAGGUGUACAAAACAGCUUUUACGAUAGAAGCUAAAAUAGAAGACAAUGAUACUCAGGUUGUCUGGUGGUUUGUUGGUGUUUAUGCUAGUUGUGACCCUAUGAUCAGAAAGGAACAAUGGAGGGUACUGAGUAAUAGGAAAAGACUGUGGGGAACUAGAUAUAUGAUAAUUAGGGACUUUAAUGACAUUCUUUCUAAUGAAGAAAAAUGGGAAGGAGUAGUCAGUGAGGAGAGGAGAUUUAGGGACUUUAAAGAUUUCAUGAAUCAGAAUAGCUUAAUAGAUAUUGGUUUUGAAGGACAACCUUGGACGUGGAGCAAUCAUUGGGAUAAUGAAGGUGAGGUCAGACAAAGGCUGGGCAGGUGUCUAUGCAGUUUUGAAUGGUUUCAAGAUUUUGAGAAGGCAAGAUGUCAGCACAUUGAUACUUUUACUUCUAAUCACUAUAUGCUCUUGUUAGAUACAGCCCCUGGGAAAGAAAGGAAAAAGAAGAGGUUUUACUUUGAUAAGAGAUGGUUUCAAAGGGAGAGGGUUCAACAGGUGGUGGAGAAAGCCUGGCAUAAGGAGGAACAAGGAUCAAGAAUGUUCAAAAUCACAAAAAAGAUCAGAAACUGUAGAAUUAAACUUCUGAAAUGGAGGAAUACUUUCCAAGCUAAUUCUAGAAGCAGAAUUACUGAUCUGAAGAAGGAUCUAAAGAGAGUUUGGGACUCAGUUUCUGAAAAUAGGAAAGAGUCAAAAGCUAGAAUUAGUUGGUUAAGAGAGGGUGAUAAGAAUACUAAGUAUUUCCACACCUAUGUUAAGGGAAGGAGAGUAAACAAUAGAAUCAGGAAUUUGCAGAGGGAAAAUGGUUCUUGGACAGAGAAUGAGGAAGAGGUAGUGACUGAAAUGUCAGAGUUCUUUAAGGAGCUGUUUAAUAGUGGGGGGAGAAGCGAUAUGUCAGAAAUUCUAGAAGGUAUUUCACACUCCAUAACUCAGGAGAUGAAUGAUAAGCUGACUAAAGCAGUGGAGAAGGAGGAAAUUCAUGAUGCACUAUUCUCUAUGCACCCUGAAAAAGCCCCAGGACAAGAUGGGAUGUCUCCAUUGUUCUUUCAGAGGUUCUGGAGCACCAUUAAGGGUGAUAUUAUCCCAGCAGUCAAAGCUUUCUUUAGCUCAGGUUUCAUGCUUAAAUCUGUAAACCAUACUGUCAUCUCCUUAAUCCUCAAAAUCUUGCACCCCACCAGUUUGAAAAACUUUAGGCCUAUCAGUCUUUGCGGUGUGCUUUACAAAAUCAUCUCUAAAAUACUGGCAAAUCGUUUGAAAUCUGUUCUAGACAAAUGCAUAAGCAAAACUCAAUCUGCUUUCAUUCCAGAUAGACAGAUUUUAGGCAAUGUGGUUUUAGCUCAUGAAUACAUGCACUACCUCAAAAACAAAAGACAAGGGAAAGAGGGUUAUAUGGCAAUCAAGUUAGACGUGGCAAAAGCUUAUGAUAGAGUGGAGUGA